CAGCUAUGGCUAACCCUUCAGCGGCGGUAAUCAUGGACAGCUUUGUCUGUUCCCCGUUCAGCAAGAGCCAGACCUUCAGGAGCAGCCCCGUGUCCGGCCGCGGCUGGGACGCUGCGGCCAAGCAGCCCAGCUGGAAGCAGAGCAAGAGCGGCAGCAUCAGCCCCUUCCUCGGGGGGCCCUUCACGCCGCUGCCCUCCGACUACCUGGACAGCUACCGGCGGGCGCAGCUCCAGGCGCUGCUGUCGCAGGUGGGCCCCUCGCUGGCGCCGCGGCCGCGCCGGGCCAGCACGAAGGAGGCGGCGGUGCAGGUGAGCCUGCGGGCCGACGUGGCCGUGCAGUGCUCGCUGGGGCCGCGCACGCUGCCGCCCGCCCGCGCCUUCAGCCCCGCCGCCCUGCGCGCCCCGGGCCGCCUCGCCCUCUUCUCGCCCGCGCCCGAGCGCCGCCUCUUCGCGCCGCCCGAGGCCGCGCCGCUCCCGGAGAAGGCAGCCCCGGCCCAGGAGGCCCCGACGGCGGCCGAGGAGCAGCAGGAGGGCCCGGCGGGGGCCGCGCUGCCGCCGCAACAGGAGCCGCUGGGGACGCGGCGGGAGGAGACCGCGACUCCCAGGCAGAGAGCUGCCUUCCAGUUCUUGGAGCAGAAGUAUGGCUAUUUCCACUGCAAAGACUGCAAGACCAGAUGGGAGAGUGCCUACGUGUGGUGCAUUUCUGGAAGCAACAAGGUGUACUUCAAGCAGCUCUGUCGCAAAUGCCAAAAGGGCUUCAAUCCCUAUCGAGUGGAAACAAUCCAGUGCCAGAUCUGUUCCAAGACUCGUUGCUCUUGCCCUCAGAGGAAGAGACAUAUUGACCUGAAGAGACCUCAUCGUCAAGAACUCUGUGGCCGCUGCAGGGGCAAAAGGCUGUCCUGUGACAGCACUUACAGCUUCAAAUACGUUGUCUGAUCCAUGUGCCCUCUUCUGUUUUGUGCUUUGCACUUUGUCUAUUGCAAUGUUUUGACUUAAGGCUUUUGACCUGGCAUUGGAUAAUGGAUGAAGACUUCAGUAUUAUUGUAAAGUAUAAUAACUUAAAGUACGUAAUUUCACUGUAUAUAUGCUGUAAAUGAAGUUCAAUAAAAGUCUGCACUAGUUUGAUACCCCUUAGUUUCAGUCUCCUUUGCUGAAAGAGGAAAGUAUAUCUGUAAGGAAGCAACCCAUUUGAUUUCCUGAAGAUAGACUUUGAAGUAUUCAGGGAAUGCUAAGAUUCAGGCUACACUAGCACGUUUUUUCUUCAGUCACUCAAACUGAACUAGGGUGGAAGAUGCAAAUGUUCUGGAGCACAAAGUCUGGUGUAAAUGCAAAUGAGUCUUCCUCCUGCCUCUAUCAACUGCAUAUAUAAAAACCACAGCUGCUUGGUAAUCAAAGACUAUCUGCCAGAACAAGACUAUGGCUGUAAAAUAGGUGGGAAAAGGGUGUAAGUUGCCCAUGUUUCAAAUGGGGGGGGGAAAAAACCUUUUGACUGGCACUAUCUGUGACAGUGUAAAAAACACUCUUCAGGGUAGAAGGAAGUUCAGAGGCUUUCAUAGAUCAAUGAAACUACUUCUGCUGUUGUAGUCUUCCACGCUGCACUGUGAGGAUCUUUUUGUCAGGCUGUAGUUACAUUUCUCACUAUUUUCUAUGAAUGGUUUCAGCAUAAACCAGGAGCCAGGUACCUUCUGGGGGGCUGCUGAUCAUGGAUAUUGUGUAGACCGUUCUGAUUCAGACAAGAACACAAUUUUCACAACAAGCACGUACUGUGUUCUGACUAUAUAUGACUUUUAUACUUUAGUUAAAUGAAUGUACUGAUCCAAAUUUCAAAGUUACUUCACAAAAACAGUUAAGUGUAUUUACAGUGUGAAUAAGUUACAUAGUUGUCAGAAUAAAAGUGUCUCAGAUGUGCAACAGAUUUACAUGCAUACAUUUAACACUGGACAGCAGUUAAAUGUAAGAAAAAAACAUAUAGUCAUGACUUUUAUAUAUACAUUACAAAUAAAAUAAGACCUCUCUUUGAAGAAAUUUAACAUGAGAACUUGCAUUUCACGUUAAUAUUUUUACUUUUUAUACUCAAAAUUUAUAUUAAAUAAAAAUAUGCAUGCGUAACAGUUCAAAAGAUUUGACUCUGUGAUGGGACUUUCUCCUACAAAAUGGCAAGUUAAAUUAGAUCAACCAUCCUUUAAUAGUAUAAAUAUAUUCAUAAAAGCAAACCUCUAGUAAAAAGCAGCCAAGGUCAUUAAUAAAAAAAAAA